UAAAAAAUUAUAUUUAUGUAAGGUUAUGUAUUGUUAAUAAUAAAAAGUGAAGUAUUAACAAAUGUUUGUUCUGUGUAUAUAGUUUUAUUAAUCUUUGAACUUGCUGUUAGAAGCUGCUCUUAGAAUUUAAAAUAAUGAAUUUUAUAAGACGAGGACUAUCUUGCAUUGCAAAUAUUAAUGGGGCCCUCACACAAGGUGCUCCUUGGUCAUCUAUACCUGUAACCAACAACUGGCUAUCACGAUCUAUGGCUUCUUUAGCACAGAUGCAUCGUUCUGGUCCCCACAAGAAAACCAGGCCUCCUAGGCAGCCUUUGGAUGGCAAACCAUUCGCCAAGGGACUUAUUCUUAAAACUUUAAUAAAGAAACCUAAAAAACCUAAUUCUGCUAACAGAAAAUGUGUGCUAGUACGACUAUCUACUGGAAAAGAAAUGGUUGCUUAUGUUCCGGGAAUUGGACAUAAUUUGCAAGAACACAACAUCGUUUUAUGUCGCGUUGGACGUUGCCAGGAUUUGCCCGGUGUAAAAAUAAAAUGUGUACGUGGAAAAUAUGACUUACCUCAUGUCAUUAAAAAAGAUACAUCAUGAGAUGUAUAGUGACA